AUGGGCUCCGAGGCCGCGAGCAACGAUGACGAGGACGAUUACAUGAACAUGACCUUCGAAGAAGACGCGGCGGCACACUCCUCCUCAAAGAAGAACGAAACCCUGACACAACGGAAAAAGCGGCUCGCCCGGGAAGCCGAGAUCAAAGGCCGGCCGAAGUCCAAGGCCGAACUCGCACAGGAGGAGCGCAAGAAGCGCGAGUCGGCACUGAAUACCACUACAUUGGACACUAGCAACAGAGGGUUCAAGAUGAUGGCUGCACUGGGCUACAAGCCAGGAAGCGCCCUGGGCGCAUCUCGUGGUGAGAAAGACGGUGAGAAAGAUGACCGUCUUCUCGAACCCAUCGGUCUGGAGAUGCGAGAGACCCGGUCUGGAAUAGGCGCCGACGCUGAAAAGAAGCGCAAGUUUAGAGAAGAGGUGGAGGCGCAGCAGGAGGCAGACAAGAAGAGGAAGGUCGAGGCCGGCGAGUUCCGAGAGCGGCAGCAGAAAGAACGUGAAGAGAAGAAGAUGGAGGGUCAAAUGUGGGCGGCGAUGAAGGUUUGCGAAAGGCUGGACGAAGAGGAUGACGAACUGGGACAACAGUCCGUCGAGGAUCGCAAGGUCGACGAGACUACUGCACAGCCAAGAAGAAGGUCGAAGCCGUUGAAGAGCGUCAACGUCUUGUGGCGCAGCCUCCUCAAGCAGAGAGCCAUCAAUGAACGGGAUCGAAGGAUGAGGUACGACCUCCAUCAGUCGCUGUCGAGACGGCCAGACUACAUCGAUCCCGAUGAAGAGAAAGAGGAUCAAAUGGCAAUGGGGAAGAACAAAGCGGAAGUGGAGGAGGUCGAUGUCGACCUGGACGAGGAAGACGAAGAGCUCACGGAGUUCGAGGCCCUCGAGGUGUCGGAGAGGUUGUCGAAGCUCGUGGCGUACCUCCGCGAGAGGUGGAACUAUUGCUUCUGGUGCAAAUACAAAUACCCGGACGAAAAGAUGGAGGGAUGUCCUGGGUUGACGGAGGCGGAUCACGACUGA